AUGAAGCUGGUAACUGUGUUCGGGCUGGUAAUGCUCAGCAUUUGCACAUACUCUGCCACAGCCUUUUUCAUCAACAGUUUGCCACUUCCUGUUGACAAAGUCUUACCUCUGGACACAAUUCUCCCUUCCCUGGACCCAUUAAGGAACCUACUGAGAACUCUGGGAAUUUCUGUUGAACACCUGGUGGCAGGAUUGAAGAAAUGUGUGGAUGAGCUGGGACCAGAGGCAUCUGAGUCUGUGAAGAAACUGCUGGAGGCCUUAUCAUUUUUGGUGUGA